AUAUCCGCCCCCCUCCUUCCUGUAUUUCCCUUCAUCUCAUCCCAUCCCAAUAUUCCCGUAUACCCAACCCAAUUACUCUAGACCAUCACUUCAUGUCUCGAGUAAGGAACGGCACCAUCACUAUACAAUACCACCUGCAUACUACUUCCACACCAUCCAGAGUCUAUUUGUUUUGUCCAACAACACCAAGCCUUGUCCUCCUCUGCGUUCCCCAUAAAAUACCAUAAAUAGGUACUCGGUCCUCCCCCUUUCGACCUUCCAAGCAUCUUGUCACCGUCAUAAAACCCGCAAAAAAGAGGAACGCUCCUUUCUCAAAACACCAAGACCAUCACCCAGCCUCUGUUCCACGCGCCAGAGACGUGUCUUUUAACCAAGCAACUCGCUUGUUUGCUUAAUGGGUUACUAAGACUUCGACUUCGAAUAUCUACUUCAUCGUUACCUCGAUAUAUCUCAACUUGACUCGAAACUCGAUUGUUCGCCGCCGAGCAUCGUUCCUUCCCCCAAGUUCGUCGCCUAAAUCUUUAUUUUUCCGCGCGCCUCCGUGGAUUAACGAAUAGGCUCUCACCGCCCAAGUCCCCUCCACUACUGGUAUACUUAACCUUACUUUCUGCCACGCCAAGAAUCCUGCGAUCAUCAUGUCGUCCCAAGACCAACAGACGCAGACACGCCCAGUGGGCAUGACGCCUCCAACCACGACCGCCUCAACCUCCACCUCCACCUCCACUGAUGCCAGCGCCCAGGUUAGCCGUCCCACUGUCGCCAGCGACGACAACCUCGCUUGCCAAUGGGACAAAUGUACCGAGCGCUGCCAAUCGCCCGAGGCCCUCUAUGACCACAUUUGUGAGCGCCAUGUCGGUCGCAAGAGCACUAACAACCUCAACUUGACCUGCGGCUGGAAUAAUUGCCGCACAACCACCGUCAAGCGCGACCACAUCACGUCUCACAUCCGUGUCCAUGUUCCGCUCAAGCCGCACAAGUGCGACUUCUGUGGAAAGAGCUUCAAGCGUCCCCAGGACUUGAAGAAGCAUGUCAAGACACAUGCUGAUGACUCUGUCCUUCUCCGUUCACCUGACCAGCACGGUGGACAGGUUGGUGGCUACCGUGCCCCAAACGGUAAACCAGCCGGAGCCACAGGUUAUUAUGACCACUCCAACCCGCAAAUGCACCAACCUAACGGAAACUACGGGCAGCCGCACCACAACGGCGGCCACAACGGGUACUACCAGCCUCAGCAAGCCCAGAGCUACGGGCCAGUUUACUACCCAGUGAACCAGCACGCAGCUGAGAUGGGCCACCACGCAAACUACGACCCAAGAAAGCGCGGCUUUGACGCCCUGAACGACUUCUUCGGUGAUGCCAAGCGUCGCAACAUCGACCCAACUUCCUACCCCCAGGUCGGCCAGCGCCUGAUGCACCUUCACGGUCUCCCCAUCCAAGGCGGAGCCUUGAUUGAUUACAUGCCAUCGCAACCCCUGAUGGCCGUAGGAGGAGGCGGUCACGGCCACGGCGUCGCCUCGAUGCCGCAGCCACACUACUCCCUCCCAAUGCCCAACCUGAAGACGAAGAGCGAUCUCCUCAACAUCGACAACUUCCUUGACCAGAUGCAAUCCACCGUCUACGAGAGCUCCAGCGCCGCCGCCGCCGCCGGCAUCCACCAACCUGGGGGCCACUACACCCACCAAGCCAUGGGCUUCCGGCAAUCACAGUCACCCCCCCAGACCGCCGCGCAAAACCUAGGCGUCUCUAUUCCCCAAUCAUCCGCGCCAUCCUCCUCCCACAUGGCCGCCACACACUCCCCCCAAUCCAGCGCACCCGCACUCACUCCUCCCUCAACAAUGUCCUACACCACCGCCCACUCCCCAUCUUCCGUCCCCGGCCUAUCCCCCGGCGACUCCUCCCGCCACGCUUCCACCCCAGUUGCAUACCCUACCCUCCCCGCCGUCUCCUCCGCCUACGCCCCUCACACCACCUCCCCCGUCUCCACCUUAGGGACAAACUUCGACUCCGACCCCCGCCGUCGCUACAGCGGCGGUAUGCUCCAGAAGUCCGCCGUCGCGCCGCGUGUCUCCCCACCUGCACGCGACGAGUCCACCACCCCUGACGCGAAGCGCCCGUACGGCGCGCGCGCGGAGUCUAAUAUCGACCCUGCGCUGUCGGGUGGUGUGAGCAGUCCUGGUGUUAGCAGUCCUAGCGCGAGCGGGACGGAGGAGGGUGAUGCGCGGGAUCGCGCGGAGGAGGUGUGGGUUGAGAAUAUUAGGGUUAUUGAGGCGUUGAGGAAGUUGAUUGCUGAUAGGCUUGAGCGUGGGGAGUAUGAGGAUGAUAAGGAGGGAGAGGAUACGGAGAUGGGAGAGGCGCAGGAAGAGGAGAAGGAGAAGGAGGUUAAGGCUGAGGAGAGUCUGUAUCCCGUGCUGAGGGCGGCGAUUGAUGCUGCUGAUGCUUGAACGGGUGUGUUGUGUGUUUGCUUUUUUUGGUUUGAAUUUUAGAAGUAGUUUUGGGAGCUGGCGUUGGGGUAAUGAGUUUUGUGAAAGAGAUGUUUGAUAUCAUUGUUGCAGCUGCUGCAGUCAUUUGUUGUUCAACAGUACGGUUAGCCUAGGAACAUUGCUAUAAUGAAUAAUUAUUGUAUGC